AUGCUCUACGCACCGUUUCUCAAAAAUCAGAAUUCGACUUUGACUGAUGAAGCCGUUGAGAAUUCCAUCACCUUAUUCACUGCUACUUUCGCCCUAUUUAUUCCAUACCUUUUCCUGGUUAUGUUCUUUUACAUGGCGAGAAAAACCGAUAAUCGGCAGCCACACUAUAUCAUUCAACUACACUUUGUCGGAUGUGGAUCAUUAUGCUUCCUGGGAACAUUUUUAUUCGCUAUAUUACUUCUCGUGUUUCAAUCAUCAAACCUUUUUGGCACUGCUUUUGAAAAUUUCUAUUUUAUCAACUUUCUUUGUACAUUAAUUUUCAAGCUAGUGAUUUCCUCUCCAGUGCUCAUUUCAACUAUUUUUUACCAUUUACUCUUUGUAACAUCCUUACAAAGGCUUAUUCUCAUUUCAAACGCUAAAGUGGGAAUGCAACUUCUUACUGGAAGACGACUGGGUCUGAAAAUUGCAAUACUUUACUUAAUUGCAUUAAUAUCGGGUAUUAGUAAGUUGAUUCACAUGACCAAACCACAAUAUCUGGAAGUUGUCAUGCUGAUGGUGACAAUCUGCCUCUUCGGAAUUUCGUAUUUCUUUAUUCGACACAUUGAGCGACGCCUAAUUGCCUCAGCGCAUACAACCGUAUUAAGGCAAACUGUGCCGAUUGUUGCGAUUCAAUCGUUAUUUACAUUGAUUGAGUUGUAUGCAAUACAAUCGCAAAAACCUACAUCCAUCAUCUAUUGUGUUCGCACUAUUGAAACAUUCUCUUUGUCAUUUCUUGGACCGUUGAUAAUGAUAUUGGGCAGUCGGUCAAAAUGUCGAAUUGUGUGGGCGAUUGCAACUUGCCGAUGGGAUGAGAAUUACGGAAGAGGAGAAUUAUAUACUUCGAAUCAAACACCUAUGGAUAUCAGCAAUGCUGUCAGCUUAUCUCCGACCCCAACAAAUCGAUUUUAA